AAUAACGAUGGUUCUUGACCAGUGGCAGUGACUGCCUUUUUAGAGCCAAAGAAUUGUUAUUUAGGCAUUGAAAUAUGUGUGAAAGUGAGGACAAUAACUCUCAGGAGAACUGGAGAAAGCCAGCGAGAAGUAUAAAACUUGUCGUAAAGAAACGAACGAGCAAACGAGAGGGUAUAAAAUCAUCGAGAAUAUUACAGUCACGAAAUUCAAACACCGAACAAGAACCCCAGCUAGCAGGGCAGGUGAAAAGGCAAAAUCCAUUUGGUUGCUCAGCAAGCAAGAAACCAAAUAUCGAUAGAUCUUCCGAGAAUGAUGAAAGUUUUGGGGUAUUCGAUGCUUUGGAACAAGGUUCAUCUAGAACAAGUACAACCUCAGACGAAACACAAACACUCAUAAAUAAUAAGCUUCAUGAUGUACGUUUAUCUGAGGUCGAAAGCCACAAUUUAUUGAAUAGAAAUUCUGAAGACUCAGAUAAAGAUAAUCAUAUAAAGCGUUUAUCUGGAAGGAAUCUGCCUGUUGAUUGGAGUUUAAAAACCAGAGUUCGGUUUACAUCUUCUCGCUCUUUUAACUGGUGUUCUAAAAUACUCAGAAAACAGGAAGCUAAUGGCUUGUGUGGUUUCGUACAAUGUAAAAGCCAAAACACAGAUGAAGAUUCCUCAUGUUUUCAACAAAAUAUUAUGUACUGGAUGCACCCUGCAUUGCCUUGGCUAUCCCUUUUUCCUCGGCUAACAUCUGACACAAAGUUGACAAGCAAAGUACCAAAUGUUGCUGAAAAUCAAGAUAUUGCAAAUGCAUUGCAAGCCAGCUGGUGCCAAUCUUUCCGUUCCUUGUUUAAUCUUCUAUGGUGUGGUCAAUGUGACUAUUUCUACCUAUGUUCGGCAUCGUUUACCGUAUUAUUCAGAGCAAAAAUGAUUGGAGGUUUGGCUUCAACAUCAGCCUAUAUCACCCCAACAACAAAGGGAAUUCGAGAAGGUUUUGAUAAGGAAGGUAUUUCCUACACCUUACCUCUUUUGGAUGCAAGCACAUCAAAAAAUGAUAGUGAUGAUGAAAAAAAUCCCUUAGUAAAAGAUGAUGAUGAUGAUGACACAGUUUGGUUAGAAAGCAUGGGCGUGGCUAAGGAAACACUUCCACAGUUAAAGCAAAGUAAAAUUAACCAGCAACGAGCAAGGCUAAGAAACAUUGAUCAUCACAGUUCAUCCCUUGCUGUAGUAAAUGGCAGUCAUACUCAGGCAUUAUUCAACUAUUUAUUGAAUAAUAAAACAGUGAUAGCAAAGACAGGAUCCCAUGCUGGCAUCCCACCAACUCUAUUGGCACCUGUUGCAUUUGAUGGUGCUGCUUUACAAUCACUUUUUGCGAAACAAAACAUGUUUAAACAAGGCAAGAAUUUAGAAAAGACAUAUAGUCUGGACAUCACAGGUCCUGUUUUGCCUGGAAAUUUGUUUAAACUUUGUAAACUCUUUGAGACAACUCAGCAACGUCAGUUUUCUGCUGUGAUGAAGAACCUUCAAGUUACUGCAGCAUUUAAUGUUUUACCAAAUGACAUGCAAGAUGAGGAAAGAAUUGAUGAUGAUGACCACUUCCUCACACAACCAUCAAAUUUGGGUGGAACAAACUUAGCAUCCAUCAACUGUGAUAAUUUUCUUUAUUCAUGGGAAACAAACAAAUGAUUACCUUUGCAUAAUUUGCAUAAAUGUUAUAUACA